AUAUAAUCGAGCUAGUGCCUAUGGCGUCUUUUGCAUGGGUAACGAAACGGAUGCCUUCGAUUGUUAUGUCAACGAGAACGACACAACAAAUGGAAUGUGUUAUCAGAUGGAUGAUGCAGCAGUUGAGUGCUACGGUAACGUGUCAUCAACUUCUGUACAAAAUACUUUGAUGUAUUCUACGUCUUCUGUUUUCAACAUUCAACCAACAUCCAUGAAUUCCAAUAUGGUAUUUCAGUCUUCUAUGAGUACAUUGCAAAUGCUUUCCAGUAGUUACAUGGGAAUGAAUCCUUCACAUCUGUCAUCAAGCAACUAUAUGCAACAAUCAAAUAUACAGCCUUCGUAUAGCACAAGUUCGGUUUCAAAUAAUAUUCCAAAUCAAAGUACAAUUGGAUUUCAACAAAUAACUUCACAGAUUAUUCAAAGCAACUCAAUGUCACUUGCAUCAAGUAGUUACAAUGGGCUGUCAGUUAUGCAUCCAAUACAGACAACUUCAAUAACUCCAUCAAUUCUUCCGCAAAGCAUGUCACAAUUUGUUCAAAAUACACCAACAUCGUCAUCAUUUAGCAGCAUAAAUCCAUCUCAUAUGUUGCAGAAUAGCCAGGCGCAUGCUAGUGGAAGCUCAUUAACUCAGCAAAGUGUGUCUCAGAUUAUUCAUACUUCACAAACCACUCCAGCAUUUAGUAGCAUAACUGGAUCUCCUCUUGUGUAUAAUAGUCAAGCAUCUGCCUUGACAACAUCAGUACCUCCGCAGACUAUGUCUCAUCAAAUCCAAAAUACACCAAUAUCAAUAGCAUUUAGCGGCAUUAAUGGUUCUCCCCUGGUGCAAAAUAGCCAGACGCCUGCGUUGACACCAUCAGUACCUCCGUACACUAUGUCUCAGGUUAUCCAAAGUACACCAACAUCAAUAGCAUUUAGCAGCAUUAAAGGAUCUCCCCUGGUGCAAAAUAGCCAGGCACCAGCUUUAACAAUAUCAGUAUCUCCGUACACUUUGUCUCAGGUUAUCCAAAAUACACCAACAUCAAUAGCAUUCAGCAGCAUAAAUGGAUCUCCUCUGGUACAAAAUAGCAAGACACCUGCUUUGACACCAUCAGUACCUCCGUACACUAUGUCCCAGGUUAUCCAAAAUACACCAACAUCAAUAGCAUUUAGCAGCUUUAAUGGAUCUCCUCUGGUACAAAAUAGCCAGGCACCUGUUUUGACGUCAUCAUUACCUCCAUACACUAUGUCCCAGGUUAUCCAAAAUACACCCACAUUAAUGACAUUUAGCAGCAAUAAUGGAUCUCCUCUGGUGCAAAAUAGUCAUGUACCUGCAUUGACAUCAUCAGUACCUCCAUACACUAUGUCUCAGGUUAUCCAAAAUACACCAACCACUCCAGCAUUCAGUAUCAUUAUAGGAUCGUCUAUGAUGGGCAACAGCCAGGCACCUGCUUUGACAGCAUCAUUACCCCCACACACUAUGUCUCAUGUUAUCCAAACAACACCAACAUCAAUAGCAUAUAGCAGCGUUUAUGGAUCUCCUGUGGUACAAAUUAGCCAGGCACCUGCAUUGACAACAUCAAUACCCCCACACACUAUGUCUCAGGUUAUCCAAAAUACACCAACAACAACAGCAUUAAGCAGCAUUAAUGGAUCUCCUUUGGUACUAAAUAGCCAGGCAACUGUUAUGACAACAUCAGUACCUUCGCAUACUAUGUCUCAGGUUAUCCAAAAUACACCAACACCAAUAGCAUUGAGCAGCAUUUAUGGAUCUCCACUGGUGCAAAAUAGCCAGACACCUGCUUUGACAACAUCAGUACCACUGCAAUCUAUGUCUCAAGUUAUCCAAAAUACACCAACCACUCCAACAUUCAGUUACAUUAUUGGCUCGUCUGUAAUGAGCAAUAGGCAGGCACCUGUUUUGACAACAUCAGUACCUCCGUCCACUAUGUCUCAUCUAAUCCAAAGUACACCAACCUCAAUAGCAUUAAGCAGCAUUAAUGGAUCUCCUCUGGUACCAAAUAGCCAGGCACCUGUUUUGACGUCAUCAGUACCUUCACAGACUGUGUAUCAUGUUAUCUUAAGCACACCAACAUCAAUAGCAUUUAGCAGCAUUAAUGGAUCUCCUCUGGUACCAAAUAGCCAGGCACCUGUUUUGACGUCAUCAGUACCUCCACAGACUAUGUCUCCGGUUAUCCAAAAUACACCAACAUCAAUAGCAUUUAGCAGCAUUAAUGGGUCUCCUCUGUUGCACAAUAGUCAGGCACCUGCUUUUACAACAUCAGCAGUACCACUGCAAUCUAUGUCUCAUGUUAUUCAACAUACACCAACCACUCCAGCAUUCAGUAGCAUUAUAAGAUCGUCUGUUAUGAGCAAAAGCCAGGCAACUGUUUUGACAACAUCAAUACCUCCACACACUAUGUCUCAUGUUAUCCAAAAUACACCAAUCACUCCAGCAUUCAGUAGCAUUAUUGGAUCGUCUGUAAUGAGCAAUAGUCAGGCACCUGUUUUGACAACAUCAGUACCUCCACAGACUAUGUCUCAUGUUAUCCAAAAUACACCAACCAUUCCAGCAUUCAGUAGCAUUAUAGGAUCGUAUGUAAUGAGCAAUAGCCAGGCACCUGCUUUGACAACAUCAAUACCUCCACACACUAUGUCUCAUGUUAUCCAAAAUACACCAACCAGUCCAGCAUUCGGUAGCAUUAUUGGAUCGUCUGUAAUGAGCAAUAGUCAGGCACCUGUUUUGACGUCAUCAGUACCUCCACAGACUAUGUCUCAGGUUAUCCAAAAUACACAAACAUUAAUAGCAUUUAGCAGCAUUAAUGGAUCUCCUCUGGUGCAUAAUAGCCAUGCACCUGCUUUGACAACAUCCGUACCUCCAUACACUAUGUCUCAUGUUAUUCAAAAUACACCAACCACUCCAGCAUUCAGCAGCAUUUAUGGAUCUCCUCUGGUACAAAUUAGCCAGGCACCUGUUAUGACAACAUCAGUACCUCCACAGACUAUGUCUCAGGUUAUCCAAAAUACACCAACAUCAAUAGCAUUUAGCAGCAUUUAUGGAUCUCCUCUGGUGCACAAUAGUCAUGCACCGGCAUUGACAACAUCCGUACCUCCAUACACUAUGUCUCAUGUUAUCCAAAAUACACCAACCACUCCAGCAUUCAGCAGCAUUUAUGGAUCUCCUCUGGUACAAAUUAGCCAGGCACCUGUUAUGACAACAUCAGUACCUCCACAGACUAUGUCUCAGGUUAUCCAAAAUACACCAACAUCAAUAGCAUUUAGCAGCAUUUAUGGAUCUCCUCUGGUGCACAAUAGUCAUGCACCGGCAUUGACAACAUCCGUACCUCCAUACACUAUGUCUCAUGUUAUCCAAAAUACACCAACCACUCCAGCAUUCAGUAGCAUUAUUGGAUCGUCUGUAAUGAGCAAUAUCCAGGCACCUGCUUUGACAACAUCAGUACCACCGCAAUCUAUGUCUCAUGUUAUCCUAACUACACCAACAACAAUAGCAUUAAGCAGCAUUAAUGGAUCUCCUUUGGUACUAAAUAGCCAUGCACCUGUUAUGACAACAUCAGUCUCACCCCAAUCUAUGUCUCAUGUUAUCCAAAAUACACCAACCACUCCAGUAUUCAGUAGCAUUGUCGGGUCAUCUGUUAUGAGUAAUAUCCAGGCACCUGCUUUGACACCAUCAGUACUUCCACACACUAUGUCUCAAAGCAUCCAAAAUUCACCGAUUACACCUACAUCGAACAGUGUAAACGGACCUUCUUUAAUUCAAACAACGCAGUCAUCACUAGUUAGUGCUUAUGUACCUCCUCAAACCACUCAACACAUCCAAAAUACACCGACUACACCCGCAUCGAGCAGCGUAAAUGGAGCUCCAUCAAUUCAGCCUACACUGACCUCUACAAAUACACCGACUACACCCGCAUCAAGCAGUGUAAAUGGAGUUCCGUCAAUCCAGCCUACACUGACCUCUACAAAUACACCGACUACACCCGCAUCAAGCAGUGUAAAUGGAGCUCCAUCAAUCCAGCCUACACUGACCUCUACAAAUACACCGACUACACCCGCAUCAAGCAGUGUAAAUGGAGCUCCAUCAAUCCAGCCUACACUGACCUCUACAAAUACACCGACUACACCCGCAUCAAGCAGUGUAAAUGGAACUCCACCAAUCCAGCCUACACUGUCCUCUACAAAUACACCGACUACACCCGCAUCAAGCAGUGUAAAUGGAGCUCCGUCAAUCCAGCCUACACUGACCUCUACAAAUACACCGACUACACCCGCAUCGAGCAGUGUAAAUGGAACUCCAUCAAUCCAGCCUACACUGACCUCUACAAAUACACCGACUACACCCGCAUCGAGCAGUGUAAAUGGAGCUCCAUCAAUCCAGCCUACACUGACCUCUACAAAUACACCGACAACGCCCGCAUCGAGCAGUGUAAAUGGAGUUCUGUCAAUCCAGCCUACACUGACCUCUACAAAUACACCGACUUCACCCGCAUCGAUCAGUGUAAAUGGAGCUCCAUCAAUCCAGCCUACACUGACUUAUACAAAUACACCGACUACACCCGCAUCUAGCAGUGUAAAUGGAGUUCCGUCAAUCCAGCCUACACUGACCUCUACAAAUACACCGACUACACCCGCAUCGAGCAGUGCAAAUGGAGUUCCGUCAAUCCAGCCUACACUGACCUCUACAAAUACACCGACUACACCCGCAUCUAGCAGUGUAAAUGGGGUUCCGUCAAUCCAGCCUACACUGACCUCUACAAAUACACCAACUACACCCGCAUCAAGCAGUGUAAAUGGAGCUCCAUCAAUCCAGCCUACACUGAACUCUACAAAUACACCAACUACACCCGCAUCAAGCAGUGUAAAUGGAGCUUCAUCAAUCCAGCCUACACUGACCUCUACAAAUACACCAACUACACCCGCAUCAAGCAGUGUAAAUGGAGCUCCAUCAAUCCAGCCUACACUGACCUCUACAAAUACAUCGACUACACCCGCAUCAAGCACUGUAAAUGGAGCUCCAUCAAUCCAGCCUACACUGACCGCUACAAAUACACCGACUACACCCGCAUCAAGCAGUGUAAAUGGAGCUCCACCAAUCCAGCCUACACUGUCCUCUACAACUACUCAUUCUACAUCAAUAACUUCAUCGUCGACUUCAAGUUCUGUAAAUACCGCAUCUUCUCAACAAACGACCCAAACAUCGUCUAGUAUGAGUUCAAACUCUUCUACAACGACACAAUCAAGUCUAUCAAAUAAUCUUGGAUCAGGCAGUUCAUCUGUAUGGUCGUUCUUCAGCACAAAAAUAAUGAUUCUUACAGUUCUUAUGAUGAUAACAAUCAAGAAAAUGUUUUGCAGAGAUGCUUGAAUGUAAAACAUAGCUUUUCGUGAUAUUCAUUUGUUUAAAUGAAAAAUCAAAUGUGAUUCUAGUUUUCAAAUAUUUAUAUACUGUUCGUUAAUGAAAACAAGAAGUUUGUAUGCAGAUUGUAAUAUCAAAUUAUCAAUUUAUCAAAUCAAUCAUGUUUAAUGAAAAAGUGGAACCAAAGCAAUCAUGAUGCAUACUCAAAAGCUUUAACGGAAAAAGAUUAUUUAACAAGAACACCAACGUCAGUUUUGUAAUAAAUAAAACUGCAAUGUUAGUUUUAUUUGGUGUUAGUAUAGAUUUGUUUUGAAUAUAAAAUUUCUUUAACCUAAAAUAAUGCUUUGUUCGUCUUUUUUAUCUGAAUAAGGGACUUCUGCCAUAUUGCUAUAAAAGGAUAUAGCUAAUUUUAACUCUUGGUUAAAAGUUUUUUUUUUUUUAUCAAAGGGUUACAUACCCAAGGAUUAAAAGGAUGAUGAACGAUAGAACUUUAACUCCUGAUCACAUAACCCCCCAUUUAAAUAAUUUAACUUAGGGUUUUAACCAAGUAAUGUUUAACCAGAUAUAUUUUUCAAAUACAGCUACACUGGAUAUGGCAUCAAAUAGUUCAGUCACUCUAUGAGUACUAAAUACCGGUAGCUAAAACAAUAACACAAGCAGCAUUACUGGCAGGUUGCAAUCUUAUCAGAUUUGUCUUAAACGAAAAACGUUUGUCUCCGAGUGCAAAGAAGAUGGUAAAAGUCUGCCAAAAAUUUAUUUCAAUGAUGGAAAAAAUCGUCCCAAAUUUCACUCUUUUAUUGUUGUUAACUUAACAUUAGAUUUAUUGAUUCAAAAAUGGAUUCAGGCUUUUCAAGGCUAGUUUCGUUAGAAGUAUUUUAAUGUGGCUUGUAAUAUUUGUGUCCUAAAUACACAUUGUUGACAUUAUUCAUGUUAUUAUGUGCUAUUUUCAGCAUCUUCGCAACUCUACUAGUUAAAGUAGAUCUAGAUUCACCGUAUUAAAUGCCUUUUUU